UCUCGACUGCUCUGGGAGGAGGAAGAGAAGGAGGAAGAGGAGGAGGAGGGGGAGGAAGAGGAGAAAGGCGCAGGGGUGGGAGCUGUCGCCGGAGCUGCCACAGCAAAAGUUCUCUCCCCUCCCCCUCGCCCUCCUCGCCGGGCCCGUGGGAAGGUCGGAGCUGCCGCCGCCUGCAGUCAGUGACCGCGCGCCUCGGCGCCAGCCCACGGAUAGAAGAGAAGAAUCAGUGACUUGGAAAUUUAGCCAAGUGAAGUGGCGGGAUGGGCUUAUACCUGACACAUUUUAUAGAGGCAUUGGAUGGCGCAAGUGACUGAGAGGAUCCCGAGAGUUUCUGGAGCCUGUGAAAGGUAGAAACUCAACCAUGAUUUCUCUCUCAACUCAACAGCAUUCCUUUCCUUGAAGUCUUCGUUUUUACUUCAGCCUCAGGCAGUUAUACUUAAGCAUGAACAUUGACGACAAACUGGAAGGAUUGUUUCUUAAAUGUGGCGGCAUAGACGAAAUGCAGUCUUCCAGGGCAAUGGUUGUAAUGGGUGGAGUGUCCGGCCAGUCCGCUGUGUCUGGAGAACUGCAGGAGUCAGUACUUCAAGAUCGAAGUUUGCCUCACCAGGAGAUCCUUGCUGCAGAUGAAGUGUUACAAGAGAGUGAAAUGAGACAGCAGGAUAUGAUAUCCCAUGAUGAACUCAUGGUCCACGAGGAGACAGUGAAGAAUGAUGAAGAGCAGAUUGACACCCACGAGCGGCUUCCUCAAGGACUGCAGUAUGCACUUAAUGUCCCUAUAAGUGUAAAGCAGGAAAUUACUUUUACUGAUGUAUCUGAGCAACUGAUGAGAGACAAAAAACAAGUCAGAGAGCCAGUAGACUUACAGAAAAAGAAGAAGCGGAAACAACGCUCUCCUGCAAAAAUCCUUACAAUAAAUGAGGAUGGAUCACUUGGUUUGAAAACCCCUAAAUCUCAUGUUUGUGAGCACUGCAAUGCUGCCUUUAGAACGAACUAUCACUUACAGAGACAUGUCUUCAUUCAUACAGGAGAAAAACCGUUUCAAUGUAGUCAAUGUGACAUGCGUUUCAUACAGAAGUACCUGCUUCAGAGACACGAGAAGAUCCAUACCGGUGAAAAACCAUUUCGCUGUGAUGAAUGUGGUAUGAGAUUCAUACAGAAAUAUCACAUGGAAAGGCACAAAAGAACUCACAGUGGAGAGAAGCCUUACCAGUGUGAAUACUGCUUACAGUAUUUUUCCAGAACAGAUCGUGUAUUGAAACAUAAACGUAUGUGCCAUGAAAAUCACGACAAAAAACUAAACAGAUGUGCCAUCAAAGGUGGCCUUCUGACAUCAGAGGAAGAUUCUGGCUUUUCUACAUCACCAAAAGAUAAUUCACUGCCAAAAAAGAAAAGGCAAAAGACUGAGAAGAAAUCGUCUGGGAUGGACAAAGAGAGUGUAUUGGACAAAUCUGACCUGAAGAAAGACAAAAAUGAUUAUCUGCCUCUCUACUCCUCCAGCACUAAAGUAAAGGAUGAGUACAUGGUGGCAGAGUACGCUGUUGAAAUGCCCCAUUCUUCAGUGGGAGGGUCCCACUUAGAAGAUGCAUCUGGAGAAAUACACCCACCCAAGUUGGUUCUCAAAAAAAUCAAUAGUAAGAGAAGUCUGAAACAGCCCCUGGAGCAAAGUCAAACCAUUUCACCAUUAUCCACUUAUGAAGACAGCAAAGUUUCCAAGUAUGCAUUUGAACUUGUGGAUAAGCAGGCAUUACUGGACUCAGAAGGCAGUGCUGACAUCGAUCAAGUGGAUAACUUGCAGGAGGGGCCCAGCAAGCCUGUGCACAGCAGUACUAAUUACGACGAUGCCAUGCAGUUUCUGAAGAAGAAGCGGUAUCUUCAAGCCGCAAGUAACAACAGCAGGGAGUACGCACUGAAUGUGGGCACUAUAGCUUCUCAGCCUUCUGUGACACAAGCAGCCGUGGCCAGUGUCAUAGAUGAAAGCACCACAGCAUCCAUACUGGAUUCCCAGGCACUGAAUGUGGAGAUUAAGAGCAAUCAUGACAAAAAUGUUAUUCCAGAUGAGGUUCUGCAGACUCUGCUGGAUCAUUAUUCCCACAAAGCUAAUGGACAGCAUGAGAUUUCCUUCAGCGUUGCAGAUACCGAAGUGACUUCUAGUAUAUCAAUCAAUUCUUCCGAUGUACCUGAAGUCACCCAGUCAGAGAAUGUUGGAUCAAGCUCCCAAGCAUCCUCAUCAGAUAAAGCUAACAUGUUGCAGGAAUAUUCCAAGUUUCUGCAGCAGGCUUUGGACAGAACUAGCCAAAACGAUGCCUAUUUGAAUAGCCCGAGCCUUAACUUUGUGACUGACAACCAGACCCUUCCAAAUCCGCCAGCGUUCUCUUCCAUAGACAAGCAAGUCUAUGCAGCCAUGCCCAUCAAUAGCUUUCGAUCAGGAAUGAAUUCUCCACUAAGAACAACUCCAGAUAAGUCCCACUUUGGACUAAUAGUCGGGGACGCACAGCACCCGUUUCCCUUUUCAGGUGACGAGACAAACCAUGCCUCUGCCACGUCAACAGCAGACUUUUUGGAUCAAGUAACUUCUCAGAAGAAAGCUGAGGCACAGCCUGUCCACCAGGCUUACCAAAUGAGCUCCUUUGAACAGCCCUUCCGUGCUCCAUAUCAUGGAUCCAGAGCUGGAAUAGCAACUCAAUUUAGCACUGCCAAUGGACAGGUGAACCUUCGGGGACCAGGGACAAGUGCUGAAUUUUCAGAAUUUCCCUUGGUGAAUGUAAAUGAUAAUAGAGCUGGGAUGACAUCUUCACCAGAUGCCACAACUGGCCAGACUUUUGGCUAAAAAAAAAAAAAUGUGUAAAUAAUGCUGGCACUUUAGAACAGAUUAACAGAGAGUGGGGUUACUCUGUAAAAUGGAGUGCUGUACAGAUCUAAGAGCAGUGCGUUCAUAGCAAGCUGAUAAGAAUAGCAAGAUAAUCCAAUAACCGCAUUUCGUUUGGUUAGUCCGCAUUCCUUGAACUGCCUUAUGUGUCGUCACCAUUAGAGAAGCAAUGCAUUACCUGUUUUAGAUCAGAACCUUGCUAUUCACCCACACCAAGAUAAAAGAAAAAAAGACUUUCGCACAAUUGUUUCCUAACUGAUAACAUUGUACAUUCUUAGGAGCCUAGUAAUUGUGUGAAACUUCAUCAUACUGUUUCUGAGUUUUUCAGCAUAGUAUUGCACUUCAGCAGGGAAUCCGAGGAUACGUCACAGACAGUGAACUUAAAGUUUCAAUGUCAAGAGAUUAUGGCUUAAAUAAGUAGUUUGUCCUAUAGGGGGGAAUAAAAAGAAACCACCUUUAAAAAUGAUAUGCCAUAUACCCUUGGUUUUCAUUUUGCAUUAUAUUGACAUGUUUUUUUUUUUUUUUGAAGAAAAAGUAAUAAAAAUCUGAUAGUCUAAGACUCCACUAUUUAAAAGCCUAAUUACUUUUAAAGUAUGCAUACUUUCAAAACUUUUACCAAAACACACAACUGUUAAACAUUCACUUCUCUAUGGAAGUAUGCAUAUUGGUGUCAGUUUCUUUGUACAGGUAAACUUAGAUAUUUUUUAUGAUUUUUCAUGUGCAAGUAUCAAGGUUUGAAGUUUUAGUAAAAAAAAAAAAUAUUCUGUAGAUUACAUUCCCAAGAAAAUAAUGCUUACACAAAAUGUAUAUUCCACGUUUUAAAGCUGAAAUGUAUUUUAUUUUACACACUUCAGUUGACAUAGAGCACUUAGAAUUAAUCUGGUAUUUUUGAUUUCUCAAAGUUAAAAUCAUAGAUUUUUUUUUUUUUUAGGUUUGAUAUGGUUGUGUCAUAAUCAUCUCGUAAUUGACAAUUUUGCUUUUUGGCAAUAAAAGAAAGUUGGGAUAUCUUUGGACUGUAAAACCUGGUUUAAUUCUUCUCUUUCUGGACUCUUGAUAGAUUGGAUAAUUGAACAGUAUCCCAAGAAACUAAAGAUAUGGGCAUUUUAAUUGCUUAAGUUACAUUUAAGUGAAUACUGCUCACGACAGUUUUACAAAGCAGAAGUGCUUACUGAUUCCAGUAACUGCAAUUUCUUUUCAGCUUAGAUGAGUGAUGGGAAAUUUUUUGUUGCAUUUCAAAAUCUAAAUAAACUACAGACUUUAUCCUUAUACCACGAAUGUUUUUUUAUAUAUGUAUACUUUGUCUUAAAAUAAUACAGCAUGUUACGAUAAAUAGUGCUUUUAUAUAUAUAUAUAUAUAUAUACUUUUAUGAAGAAUGAUGGUUUGAGUUACACAUUGGACAGUUUUAAUUUUUGGAGACUAACAUUCGUUACAUUGGCUCUACAUCUCUUUUAUUUGUUCUACCUUUUUGGGUUUUGUACUUUGCAUUUCUGCCAUCUUUAUCACAGUGCACCAGUGAUGAUCUGAAACCAGUACCCUUGGGAGAUGACACUUUUGUUAACUUCCAUUUGACUUUGCUGUUGACCCUGUAGAUCUGCGUGCUUUGUUUCAGUGUUGAGUAUUUUAUCCAUUUAAAUUAUUUUUCUUUUAUUUAAUGUUAUCCCAGGACUGUUCUCAUAAAGAAGGGAACAAAGAAAUAUCCUCCCCCAGUAUUCUUCACUUGCAAUCCUUUACUCAUUUAUUUUUUAAAAUGUUAGUAUUUUUAUGACAAGGAAUAUAAGUUAUGUUUAAUAUGGUUUCCUCUACACUUUGUUAUGAAACUUAGCUUGAAAUCAUAACUUUCCCAUUUGACAGCUUUGCUGUCAGAUCUUCAAGAACUUUAGACUUCUUUGAAGUAAGUUCUGCCAUUGUUGAUCUGGAGACUGAUGUGUGUCUGUGGCGCAUCACAUAACCACAGGAACGCUUCAUCAGAUGAGGUGAUAGACCCUGUGCACCCUAAAUGGGUGCUUGUAGUUUCCUCAUACUGCUUUUGAUAAGAGCAGAUACUUAUUUUCUAAGUUGAGCCUGAUUAAAAACACAUUGUGGUUCCACAGAGCACUUGAUGCAUUUCUUGUACAGUGUAAGGGUCUGUUUUUAACAUCACCAGCACAGUUUUAAGAAUGUGACGGUUGCUGAGCGGUUCAGGUCAGCUUAGGAAGAAAAGCCUUUGAAAAUAGAAGUUCUGUAAACAGAAUUUCAGGUGUUGCAUUCCUGUCUUAAAUACAUUUCUUUAAAUCCACACAAUGGCAGACUUUUCUACCAGGUUGUAAGCAUUUGAGAUAACUGCUAGCCAGCAUAACUUACUGACUUACCAGUUAAGUAUAGUCAUCACUUACUGUGAAAUUCCAGAUGCCUGCCAGGCUCAGCUUGUAUCUUCAUCCUACGAGAAACAUCUCAACAGGCUGGCUUUCCCCGUGUUGGUUUAGAAAGCUUUCCUACCUGGCAUUAGAGAAAGAGAGUGGCCUUGUGUGCUGCUCUGGACAGAUCCCUGGAGGAUAUGAGUUCACACUUCUCACUUCUUCUCGAAGUAUAGCUCUACCACCCUUCAGCGUCUGCUCACCGUUAGCCUGUCAGUCUGGGCCCACUAGACAAGACAGGAGCUCUCCAACAUCCAGAAGCAUUGUUCCUGUUUGAGCUUCAGUUCUUACUGCACUUGUAUUUAAAUGGGUUUGGGAUAGCUGAGUAGCUCCUACGGUUUUUUAUUUUUGUGGAUCUACAGUGUGCAUAUGCUACCUAGUCAGGUAGGAAUCCACCAUCUUAGCUCUGACUCAGGGUGCCAGCAAUGGGUCAUUUUAUCUCUUAAGAGGUAGAAGAGGCCUUGUGCUCAGGGCAAGCUUUCAUUCCCACAGGUGAGGGACACUUGCAAAGUGCCAGCGAGGUUAGAUCUUUUGCCACUUCUUUGAUUUUUAUUAAUUUGGGCUUUUAAAGGGCUGUUUAAAAAACAAAAACAAAACAAAAAAAACAAAAAACAAAAAAAACAAAUACAAAAGAGGCCGGGAUCCUCUGAGUAGGCAUGCUGCAUACCGAGCUCCCUAGAACCUUUAAGCUAGAGUUCAUCUUUUUUCAGUGUAUUUACUUGAAGACGCACUAUUAUAAUCAGUGAGAAUCUAUUUGAGUCUGCAAUUUAAUUUAAACCUUUUCCGUUUCAAAUUGCUUUAUUUCAGGGAAAUAAUUUUCCAGUUGUUUUUGCUAUAUUCUGCAAAUAAAAACCGUGUGUUUCCUUUUUCCACCUAGACUUUGGUAGGAAACAGACUAAAGCAGACAAACAUUUCUUGUUGUGUUUGUUGCUUUCUUUAAUCCAAUGGAUAAAAAAAAGUAAAACCCUGUAAACAUUAUUUUAUUUUUUUAUGCAAUACCAUGCUGUAAAUAGGGUUCAUCGAGUAAGGAUGCACCUACCUAUGAUUGAACCUUUGAUUCUGCACAGUUAGAGUUUAUAUAUAAACGUGUCUUGACAAUCAAGGACUUGAUGUGAGUCUUCCUUUAUGAUGUUUAUUAAUGUUAUGCAUUCCAUUUGUUUGAAGUGAGUACCAAUGUGCUAAUUUGUAUUGUCUGAAAGUAUGUAAUGUUUUUACAGCUUGUUUUUAAGACUCUGUAAAUAUGUACAAACCAGCCACAGUACCGCUGUAUGUUAGAAGGCGUGUGACGUUGUCCUGUAUGUAAGCAAUAAUACAUAGCAGUGCUAACUUUACAAGUAGCAUCAGGAACGUUCUAGAGAAACAUUUCAGAGUUAUUAGUUACCCUUAUUUCAUCUAAUAAUGAUUAGCUUUAAUCAGUUUUUAUAAGCAAAUUCCAUUGUUCCUCCUGUUGGAACGUAACACUGUUUACACAGCAUAAUUGACGUUGCAGGGGAGACAGGCUAGAUCUGGCUUCGUCUGUGCUCACUCUCACUAAGCAUUGAAUGGCCUUACCACUCUUGUGCAAAGAUGGAGGAAGACCGCAGAACUUAGUGCCCAUCACACUGAAGGAAGGGAUGUGUUUUAUUUUUUGUUUUUGUUUUUUUGUUUUCCCUGCUUCUGCACUGCUACCUAACUGUGGAUUGCUUUGGGUUUUAGUAUGUGUUUCUGUUCUAGAUUCAAGCCCGUAAGUGUUGAGGUAACUUCAGUUCAUUUGUGAAGUAGAUAGAUUGCUUCAUAUUUCAUAGCUACAUUUCAAUGAUUCUAAACUUUCUACUUUGAUUUUUAGAUACUUAUUUUUCAAGCUUGAUUUCUCAGCUGACCAGAUGAAUUUACUCAACUUCAAUACAAAGAAAGAGAAACCUUUAGCUUGAAGUGAGUAGAUCUUACACUGUACAGAGCAGCUCUCUGAACACCCAUCACUGCUUUAGAGACGAAGCCGCCAAUUUAUAAAUGAUUAUGACCUACAUUUUAUAGGGAAAAUGUUUUUAAUGCUAGUCAUUUAUAUAAUGUGCUUUGAAGGAUUUGCUAGCCCACUCCUGUCACUUUUUCGUACACUGGUACCUUUUCUAUGUAAUGUAUGCUUUUUAUUAUUGUAGCAAAGCAUUUCAGUAGAAAGAAUUUUGCAACAAUAUGGGGGAAAUUUUUCAUUGUCGGGUUUGAAUUAUACUGGAUUUUAUCUGUCUAGUCUUACUUGUCUUUAUUUUAAUGCUGUCUGGAAGGGACCUUGGUACCCAAAUAAAGCAGGUUAACCUCAUUGCUUCAAGGGCAUACUGUGUAGUGCUGAGUUUCACCUGGAAAUCUGAUGACUUUGAAAAGAAAAACAGUUUAUAAAAAUUGUACAGAAGAAAUUAAAUGUGUGAUGGAAAUCCUGAUGAUGGAGCACGUUGGAUUUUCUGAGACAUAGUGUUAUUUUCCUGAAGUCCCUUAUGCCUUCUUUGUAUUCCAACCAAUAAAAGAAAACCUUGUUGUUGAAGGUGGUAGGCUGCUAGGAUAUUCUGAUUACACAGUAUUGCUUUUCCUGUCCUGGUCUCGGCCCCUCUCAAUCGCUGUAAACUUUUUAUUUUCUAUUUCCUAUUGCUAAUUAAACAUGUAUAUAAUGUAGAGGCUGUUGUAUAGAACUGAAUGAAGUGGGUUGCUAUGCUUGAAUGGGUAGCUACAUGGAAAUAUUUGAUGGAUACUGAGAAUUCCUAAGAUGCCAGAGUAAAUUUACGUGGGAAAGGGGGUGUCUUUUCUUGGGAAGGCCACAGCAGAUGGUUCCUGCACCCCUAGGGGGUCAUUGGGAGAUCAGCUGCAAACUCAGUAUCAGACACAAAGUGGGGCUUUCCUUCCCUUCCCUCAAAAUAUGAGCACUAAAUUUCAGAAGUCUACUCAGGUGAAAUUGCUUUGCAGUGAAACUUAACCACAUUGAAAUUUUCACUGUUAAAUACUAUAUUUGUGAUAUUUUUAAAUACAAACUUUUACACUGCAGUCAGCAGCCUAAUGAUUGAAAUUUAGCCAAGAUAUUUUAAAAUAAUAGUUAUCCUCCAUGUAUAAUUGUUUUUAAACAAUUGGGAGGAUUUUUCUGUUGAAAGUUUUUUUAUCAUCAUUGUUUAAAAAAAAAAAACAUCUUGCUUGAGCCCCAUUUUAUACCAUGAGUGAGUCACUGAGCCAUUCGAAUGCAGUGGCGGCUUGUUUGAUCCCUGGUCACGGGACAUGAACUGACAUUACAAGGUUUAAUGAGUUCAUAGCUUUCAGCACAGUCGUCACAGUUCACCUCGCCUCUCGGAGUUUAUAAUACUGUUUUGUGUAUUGUGAUACUAAAGGAAGUUGUUUUACUUUAUUUUAAACUGAAUUAUUAGAUUAACUUAUAUUUGCAAAUUCUGCAUUUUAAAUGUGGACACUUGGCUGUUUGAAAAUAAAAUACAGAAUACAAGUUUUAUGAAUAAUUUUUUAGCUGAAUUUUUCACAGUACUUCAAACCAAAUAACUACUGGUAAAUAUGCAAAAAAGUAUGGUACAUAGUUAUCCUAGAGGAAAGGAUGUCCGUGUGGAAUUAAUAGUUCCAUAGGUUGAGUAAAUAUCAGGGCCUUUACUGUAGAUUGCUGUGGUAUGUUACUAGUUCUAAGAUCAAGUCAGCUGUUAACUGUCAUUAACUAUUUCAGACUUGAACCAUGUUGAAGCAUAGGGCUAAGAAUAUAUACGGCUUUUCCUUUACAGAUAAGAUUCCAUUAACCUUUCAUCAGUAGCAUACAUGGUUUGUUUGGUUUUUCCUCCCUCCAUUAGUGUAGAUAGACCUGUUUCCAUCCACCAGCCACCUUGCCAGGACCUUGUCUUCUGACAGUGGGAUGCGUUGUAAAAAAGCAGUUUGCAGUUGAGAGUGCUGCCUCCAUUCGUGGGACAAAUGUCAAUUAAUUGGCCCUUGCAGAAGUCAGUGCUCAGACCCUGGCUUAUUGGCAUGGUGCUGUAACCAACUGUACGUAAUGCUACCACUGAUGCUCUACUAUUCAUUUCCUAGAUCCCGGUUCUUGAGUGAUUUGGCUUGGUGGGGAGAGGGAUGGGGAGAUAUUCUACCUGACACUUCUCCCACCUUCUGAAGAUUCUAUGAAAAAAAUAAAAUUGAAGUCACUUGAA